AUGGCACUCCUAGGAUUGCCCCCCGAGAUACUCAAAAAGAUCUUUGAUCAACUUGACCCGUCAUUCUUUAAAGAGGAUCUAAGCCGCCUUACAGUCUGCAAGAAGUGGCUCGAGUUUGCUCUUCCUGCAUGCCUCAAACACGUCACCCUCUCUCACAAAGCCCUACGAACUCUAGCUGCCUCUUCGGUAGCAAAAGGGUCUUCGCCUGUUGAAGGUCAUCUGGAAAGAGGACUGGAGAGUGACCUAGAUGAUGGCCUUGCCCAACUUGCCAUUGUAGCCCAGCAGUCUCCUCGAUUGCGGACAUUACGCAUGCGAGCCUCAAGUUCCUCCUUGCAAUUUCCCCUCUUUCCCCCCGGAGGCUAUCUGUCACUGUCUACUAUGCGAGCAUUGCUCUCGGUGGAGAAUCUGAGCGUUUUGGUGCCGGAUCUCUCUGGAACGACCUUGAAUUCUUCAGGACUGACGCAGGUGGACGAACACCAUAUCUGCCCAUUCAUUGGCGCCCUUCUUAGUACCCUCAAAACGCUUCACUUGCGCUUGUGCAGCAUCUGCCCUGAUGUAUUGAAGACCCAGGGCCCCGAUACGAAGCUGAGACUAAGCACUGUGGCGAUCAACUUAUGUCUGCCUCCAGAUCAGCCGAGAAUACUGCCGUGGAAACAUUCAACACCAUGCGAAGACCUGGCCGGUGGAUUGACCCAAUUGAGGGAUGACAUACAGGAACAGGCGGAAGUUCUCGUAACUCGCAUGGAAUCACCCAAAACCAUAAGGAUCUUGACACACCCCUUCCGGCAACUCGAUACACAAUCGCUGGAUGUUUUGACUGGCAAGACAAUGAAACUGGAAGAUGAUGCGGCAUGGGAUGAGGAUGGCGAAACUAUAACGGAAACUGUCUAUGAGGACUGGGAAUCAGAAGCAGACUUCGACACUCCGAUUUUCCAAACUCCAGUUUUCCAAACUCCAGUUUUCCAAACUCCAGACGACGAAUUUGAUGAUUUCUUGUUCGACUAG